AUGGUGGGAGGAGACCCAGUGAACCGCAGUCAUAUUGGUGAUACACAUCCCUGCUAUGAGAUUGAUAGUGUUUCUUCCACAUUUAAAAGCUCCCCCUCCACAAUAUGUGUUUUAUUGUACAUUCUGUUUAGCUCUGUGUCUGCUGUAACUGUGUGUGGAAAUCUUCUGAUAAUAAUCUCCAUUAUUUAUUUCAAACAGCUGCACACUCCCACUAACUUUCUCAUCCUUUCUCUGGCUGUGGCCGACCUGCUUGUAGGUUUUGUUGUGUUUCCUCUCAAAAUGGAAUCCUCUCCAACUUCAUGUUUGUUCAAUCCAAAUGUGUUUUGCAAAGCGGGAGACAUCUUUGGUGCAGCAGUGUGUACAGCAUCUAUCUUGCACUUGUGUUGUAUUUCCAUUGACAGGUACUAUGCAGUGUGCCAGCCUCUGACAUACAGAACUAAGAUCAAUGUUCAUGUUGUUGUGAUCAUGAUUGUUACGGCCUGGUGCGUUUCAGUUUUGGCUGCAGUUGGUUUUCUUGUUGCAGGGUUGAACUUUGAACAAUGUCAAGAAAACUGUGUCUUUCCUGCAAAUAUUUUGGGACCAGUGUUUUCAUUUUAUCUCCCUGUGAUAAUAAUGUUGUGUAUCUACCUGAAGAUUUUCCUGGUGGCUCAGAAACAGGCACGCAGCAUCCAGAACACCAACUGUCACAGCAAAAACAAAGGACUGACAGUCAGAAAGGUGGAAUUAAAGGCCACAAGAACUUUGGCAAUUGUAAUGGGAGUCUUUCUGAUGUGUUUGACCCCUGUUUAUGUGUGUUUUGCCAUUAUGAUAUUGGAAAAUUCCUUCGUGCCUGCUGAAGUGUAUGAUGGUGUACUCUGGCUUGCAUUUUUUAACUCCAUGCUCAAUCCAUUCAUCUAUGCUUUCUUUUACAGCUGGUUCAGAUCAGCUUUCAGACUUAUCCUAUCUGGAAAAAUAUUUCAAGGGGAUUUUUCUAAUUCGAAAUUGCUUUGA